CACCAGCCACCCAGGACAAGGGUUUGGAAAACGUCUCGUACAGGUCAAAAACCCGCGUUAGUCUUCUUGUCUACAGCAGUUCUUCGGCCGGAGUGCCCGCGCCGCGAGAUGUUCACACGUCCUUCCACAUCCAUCAAUGCCCGGCGGCGCCCUCGCAGCCAGUACCGGUUGAUGGAAGACGUCGAAGACCUCCACCGAUACCGCCCCGGCGGCUAUCUUCCGUUACAGGUCGGGGAUAGCUUAGCGGAUGGCCGAUACCAGCUGGUCGGCAAGCUUGGGCACGGGGGCUACUCGACCAUCUGGCUGGCCCGGGACUGCCGCGAAGCCCGAUACGUCGCUGUGAAGGUCCUCACCGCGGACGCCAGCAGCCACUCCUCCUCCUCUGAAGUGAGGGUGCUACGUUCGCUGGCAAGUGCGUCUUCCCGCCCCCUUUGGGAUGAGUUCUGGGUGGUCGGGUGCAAUGGUCGGCAUCGGUGUGUGGUGACGCCGCCGGCGCGGAUGAGCUUGUUCGAUGCCAAGGAGGAGGAGGCUUCGGGUACGUCGAUGAUCGCCCAGCUCAUUCGGGGCGUCGCCUUCCUCCACAGUUUGGGGUUUUAUCUGCAUCUAGGUAAUAUUCUUGUUCAGUUUCCCCGCUCCAUUGACAGUAUCUCCCCCUCAGAGCUGUACGAGAGAUACGGCGACCCCGAGUCGGAGGAUGUGGUUCGUCUCGAUGGCCCCCCUUUAGCGGAGGGCGUCCCCACGCGCGACCGCCCUCUCGGCGAGGCAGCGAUCACGCUCAGCGACUUUGGGGAAUCGUUUGCGCCGUGCGAAACGGUGAGGGUUGCUUCCAAAACCCUGCCACUUCUUCAGCCGCCCGAGGCGAGAUUCUCCGACGAGCCGCUUUCCUGCGCCGUCGAUGUUUGGGGUCUGGCGUGUUGUGUUUGGGAGAUUCUCGGGCAACGGCCGCUGUUUGAGACGUCGAGGUGCUCGGGAAGUCUGCCGGGGGAAUGGUGGGGGAGGUGGGGGAGGAGACGGGAGUGGACGGGGAGGGCUGGGCCCGGUGGUGGGCGGAGGUCCUGGGAGAGGCGGUUCGAGGAGAGUAUCCAGAAGCCGCGGGCUGAGGGGGGGGACGAGAGGGCGGCGCUGAUGGAGAUGCUGCGCGCGAUGUUGGCGUUUCGGCCGGAGGAGAGAAUCACCGCGCGACAGGCUCUGCAGUCUCGGUGGAUGAGCGGUUGGGGCAUGCCGGCGCUGCAGGAAAGCGGGGGGAUUUCGGGCACGAGGAUGGAAAGGACGUGAGUAGGCGUCAAGGGUCCAUACUUACCAACUUGGCUGUGUCGGGGAGUCGAGUUGCUGCUCUGGUUUCUUUCUUACCGCUGCUUGUGGCUAUUAAGGUUGGCGUCUGGUCUGCCUUGUGGCGUAGCUUCCCCCGUUCCAACUGCGUCAAAGGUCAUUCAGUCGAACCGCCGUGCCCCCACGGUUGUCGAAAUGCUUCCUUGCUCAGGAUUGCGACAGGCUCUGGAGAGCCCAGAGCCCAGAGCCCAGAGUCCCUCCUUGCGGGCUUUUUGGAGUGGCUCACUUACCAUCAUCGCAGUGGUGUCCAGCAGCGUGAUGCAAAUCUGUAGUGUAUUCACCUCCGUGGCGGCCUUCUCGCCUUGGCUCGAUGCAUGCAUAUAACAGGAACAACAUCAAGUGAAAUCAGAGGAG